GACUGAUAUUAAGCUGAAAAUGUGAAAUGUGAGCAUUUUAUCCCAAGUGAAAUAGAAUAAACACUUGUAUACAUAUUCACACAUAAAGAAUGAUUCUGGCGGCAGCAAAACGCCACCAUACUUGAAGUAAUUGUUUCUUUUCGAAUUUAUUCAAGCGUUGCGAUUGUGCACAGUAUAUAAAACAUUGAGCAAUGUCUUCGCACCAGGAAGAAGGCCUGCUGAUCUACAGCACUUAAUACCAGAUUUAUAAUCGCUUCUUAUAUCUGAGUCGGUUGCUUUUUUUCAAUGGCAAGUUGGCCAAAGACCGUGUAUCUUCUGACGCUUAUUGUGCUACUCGGUGCACAUUGUUACCUCAUAGACGAUUUGGAGGUGGACCUGGAAGCCUUAGAAUCAGAGCCUCGCGCGGACCUCGAUGUUGAAUAUCAACCUGACGUCUGGAAUGAGGUUGACAGAGAUUUGCUCGAUGGGGACACCAAUAAGCGAGUCUAUGAGCAAGAAAUCGAUACCGACGAUGCUGAGAUGACCUUUGGUGAAGCAGUUGAUCCGGAAGUGAAAUUUGCUCCAGGUCUGGUGUCGCAGGCCUGUCUGGGAUGCAUUUGUAAGCUGGAGUCCCAAUGCAAGCCUAUCGGAUGUCAAAUGGACGUCGGGUCGCUGUCAUGUGGUUACUUCCAAAUAAAGCUCGGGUACUGGACUGACUGUGGGAAGCUUGGAACAGACUGGAAGUCAUGCGCAAACGACGUCCAGUGCUCCUCCCAGUGCGUGCAGAACUACAUGCGGCGUUAUGCCAGCCACUAUAACUGCCCGGCCACGUGCGAGGGGUACGCGAGGGAGCACAACGGGGGCCCAAAGGGCUGUCACAAAUCCUCAACUAUCCCGUACUGGAACAAACUAAAGAGGAUCCCCGGGUGUGAAAAUAUGUAGGUCGACAGUGCCAACAGUGCAACGGCUAUCAACUUGACACAUUUUACUUUUUGACUCAUAUGCCUAGUCUGUGAAGGCAAUAUUGAAAAGGAAAUUUUGAUUAUGUUAAGUCUGUAACAAAUUAUGCAUGACAUCUUUUUGUGCGUUUCACAGCAAACUUUAUAGAACACUACAUUUAUGUAUGCAGAAAUAAUGCAACGAAUUGUAGUCAUUACAACCCAAACUUUAUUAAAAGACUUGUAUAACUAAACAUUACGCUGACUUACACCACAUCACAAGAAUCACAAGAUAUUGCACAUCUCCAUAUUUGUUAUCAAUAUUAUAUUUCUGUAUACUGCUAUGCAUAAGUGUUUUCCUGGUUUUUCAAUAUAAAUAUACACAUAAAUUUAAUUCAGCAUUAGAACGAUAUAUUUUAUGUUUUAUUUCGCAUUUUUCUGUGCCAUCUCAUUAUCAGAAGGGCACCACUGAACAGAAGGAUGUGGUCUUAGUUGCAAGAUUGUUCAUGAGUAAAAGCUACAUAACGCU